UCUGGCGUAUGCUUUGCAGGUUCUUGUCCAGGAGCUGCAGAAGGGGCCUCCUGGGAGCCAACUCCCCUCCCCAGAAUUGUCAGGGUGACCUUGAGCUGCAAAGCUGCUGUCCACGUGGACAGGGACCCACACUGCUCGCCCACCUGCCAGGAGCCCCGCAUCCAGGCCCCGAGACAUGGCGACCAAUGGCUGCAAGGUAGCCGAUGGGCAGAUAUCCACGGAGGUCAGCGAGGCGCCCGUGGACAAGGACAAGCCGAAGACACUGGUGGUCAAGGUGCAGAAGAAGACGGGCGACCUGCCGGACCGAGACACCUGGAAGGGCCGCUUCGACUUCCUCAUGUCCUGUGUGGGCUACGCCAUUGGGCUGGGCAAUGUCUGGCGGUUCCCCUACCUCUGCGGGAAGAACGGCGGUGGUGGGUGCUGGGCCCCGGGGAGGAGCACCCAGGAGCCACAGGGAGGGGGUGCUCAGGGGCCCUGGGGAGAGGGUACUCAGGAGACACAGGAAGGGGCUGUCCAGCAAAGAAUUCAGAGGACCUCCAAUUCUUGUUCCUGCUCUGAUAUCAAAAGGGUUUACAGGUGGGACCUGGGAGACAGAUCCCAAAAUAAGUAUAAAAAAAAGUGUCUGAGCCUGUGUGCGUGGCCCUUGCAGACGCUGCCAUGGAAACAAUGUGACAACCCCUGGAACACAGAGCACUGCUUCUCCAACUAUAGCCUCGUCAACACCACCAACAUGACCAGUGCUGUGGUGGAGUUCUGGGAGCGCAAUAUGCAUCAGAUGACAGACGGUCUGGACAAGCCGGGGCAGAUCCGCUGGCCCCUGGCCAUCACGCUAGCCAUCGCCUGGGUCCUGGUGUACUUCUGCAUCUGGAAGGGCGUGGGCUGGACGGGCAAGGUGGUGUACUUCUCGGCCACCUACCCCUACAUUAUGCUGAUUAUCCUGUUCUUCCGCGGGGUGACGCUGCCUGGGGCCCGGGAGGGCAUCCUCUUCUACAUCACCCCCAACUUCCGCAAGCUGUCAGACUCGGAGGUGUGGCUGGACGCGGCCACCCAGAUCUUCUUCUCCUACGGGCUGGGCCUGGGCUCCCUCAUCGCCCUGGGCAGCUACAACUCCUUCCACAAUAAUGUCUACAGGGACUCCAUCAUCGUCUGUUGCAUCAACUCCUGUACCAGCAUGUUCGCCGGCUUUGUCAUCUUCUCCAUCGUGGGCUUCAUGGCGCACGUCACCAAGAGGUCCAUUGCCGACGUGGCCGCCUCAGGCCCCGGGCUGGCCUUCCUGGCAUACCCCGAGGCUGUCACCCAGCUGCCUGUCUCCCCGCUAUGGGCCAUCCUCUUCUUCUCCAUGCUGCUGAUGUUGGGCAUUGACAGUCAAUUCUGCACGGUGGAGGGCUUCAUCACUGCCCUGGUGGACGAGUACCCUAGGCUCCUGCGCAACCGGCGUGAGCUCUUCAUUGCCGCUGUCUGCAUCGUCUCCUAUCUGAUCGGCCUCUCCAACAUCACCCAGGGAGGCAUCUAUGUCUUCAAGCUGUUUGACUACUACUCGGCCAGCGGCAUGAGCCUGCUCUUCCUCGUGUUCUUCGAGUGUGUCUCCAUCUCCUGGUUUUAUGGUGUCAACCGCUUCUAUGACAACAUCCAGGAGAUGGUGGGCUCCAGGCCCUGCAUCUGGUGGAAGCUCUGCUGGUCCUUCUUCACCCCCAUCAUUGUGGCGGGAGUGUUCAUCUUCAGUGCGGUGCAGAUGACCCCGCUCACCAUGGGCAGCUACGUCUUCCCCAAGUGGGGCCAGGGCGUGGGCUGGCUCAUGGCACUGUCCUCUAUGAUUCUCAUACCCGGCUACAUGGCCUACAUGUUCCUCACCCUCAAGGGCUCCCUGAAGCAGCGUCUCCAGGUCAUGGUGCAGCCUAGCGAGGACGUGACGCGCCCCGAGAACGGCCCCGAGCAGCCCCAGGCUGGUGGCUCGGACAGCAAGGAGGCCUACAUCUAGGGUGGGCGGUGGUCCACACCACCCCAGUCAGCCAGAGGGGCGCAGGACCACCACUUGACGGCUGGACCUUCCUGAGUCUUGCUCAACCUACCUCGAGUGGCGAGUCUGGACACCAUCACUACAACGCAGGGAGGGGAUGGAGGGAGGGACAGAGGGGAGGGAUGGGGGGUCUCGGCUCCCCACAGGCUGGUGCCCCUCUCCCCUGCUGUCCCUGCCAGGCUGACCAUCCCUCACCCUGCUGGUGGGUGGCCCCUCUGCCGUGGCUGGUGAUGGCCUCCCAUCUGCCAGACCCAGGACUGUCACUGGACACGGAGGCACCCUGUGGUGGCUCUCCCAGCCCCCUGCCCCCCUGUGUUCCCUCCUUCCCAAGGCAGCUGGGCACAAAGGCCCCAGGACCCCCCCCCCGCCUCCUUCCAGGGGAUCCCCAGCCGGCUGGGCAGGGGUGGCCUUCUCCCCUUCUGCCCCCUGACCAGGCCAUUUGUAUCCUGGCCUGAGGAUAAACCUUCCAGAGGAGGGCCCUGCUCCUUGAAAAACUGCCACAAGUACAACUGGAAUCACCAUUUCUGGAACCCCAGGGGGGUACUGGGAAAGCAAUCUAAUGGGAAGUCUCUGAGGCUCCUUUCCCCCCACCCCAGAUUUCAGAGAUGCUGGUGCAGGUAGGUCUCUUUCAGAACCAGAAAGAAUCCAGCUCUGUGUCGACACCCCCCCCCUACAAAAAGCUGCUGCCCCUCUUCUCCUCAGAGCUCCUCAGUGGGCUGGUCCUCACUGCCACAACUCUCCCCACCCAGGAACUGAGGGGCUUGACUACCCCCCACCCCCAAGAGCUUCCAGACCCCCCUCCCCACCCUCCCCGCUCCUGGCCUUGGGGUCCUGAUGGUGGUGGCUGUCCUGUGAAGACAGUUUCCUUCAAGCCGCAGGAAGUCGGGGUCCCCCAUAGCACACCCCCGACCACACCCCCUAGCCCCCUAGCUAGUGAACUCACACUCCGUGUUGGACAACUAACCCUUAAUAAUCAUGAUUGAUAAAGUGACUGUGAAUCUCUCUCAAUCUCUCCUUCUCUCUCUCAUCCAGAUGUGACCAGCACACCAGUCCUUGCAAUAAAGUAUUACCCUCAGAGUACUAAGCACAUUAUGGUAGAGAAGAAAAAAUAACUACGUAGGUGAGCCUAGAUACACACGCACACGUCUCCAUUCUUCUCAAGGCGGGCGCUGGGGUCCACUGUGAUCCCCAGCCCCUCCUGGGGAUCAUCUGUAAAAUAGUCUCAUUGCCGGGCGUCCCAGGUGCCAGCCCAAGAACCCCUGACCCCCACGCACACUCCUUCAACAAUAGGGCUUAGACACGCAGAACCCACACUGUGUCUCCCCAGCUGCGCCCCCUGGCCCCCAGUGAAGCCCUGUCGAGUAAGGGCGGGAAACCUCAGCACUUUCUCUCUGUGAGACUUUGUGAGGCAGAGUCAGGGGACCGGCAGGACCCCCUCCCUCCCCGGCCUCCACCCGCACCCGCUCCCAUAGCACAAUACGACUACUGUGACGACUGUGAACUCCUGUGACUUCUUUUGUAGUACUUGCCCUGGGUGGAGGGAAAGCUUCUGUGUUAUCAUCUAUGUCUUUUUUUUUUUUUGCAAUAAGGAUUUAUUCUCAGAAACACCAAGUAAAUCUAUCUCUAUAUUAAAAAAUAUAUAUGUAAUAUAUACAUAUUCAAACUAUAUACAGAGUCUGUUUAAAAAAAAUCACAGUAUUAUUUAGUAAGAUGAUCUGUUCUAUGGACCAAAUGUAAAAUAUGUGUAAAUGAAGAUGCGUUUAAACCAUCCACAGAUGGUGUCAGAACCACAGCAUGUCUCUAAGAGUCUAGAGGAAAAAGUAAUAAAGGUUCUAUGAUGUACCGUG